AUGACCAGGAAAAACCGUGAUCCUAAAGAAUAUUUGUUGUCGAUUCUAAUAGAACAUGUUAAAUUUCUUCGUAGAAUGACGAAAAAAGAAAUCCCAGACAAAAUGCUCACUUUAAUUAAUGAGCGAAUAAAAAGUACCAACCAACAAAUUGUAUUUGUAAACAAAGAAUACUUCGAUUACCAAAAAGCCAUAACCGAAUUUAAAAACGAACAAAAAGCUUUCAACAGACAAAUUAGAAUACUAGAAAAAAAGAUCAAGAAAUUGGAGAAGACAAUCAAAAAGAAAGAUGUAGAAAUUGAAAAAAAAGAUGAGGAAAUUGAAAAGAAAGAUGAGGCAAUUGAAAAUUUACAUAUCAUGAUCAACACCCAAAGCGAAGUUAUCAGCAAAAAUGAAAAUGAAAUUAUGAUACUAGAAGGAAAAAUGAGCAGAUUGCAAGUUGAACACGACGAAUGUGUCGAAAGCAAUAUAAGCUUAAGUUAUAAGCUAGAAAUUGAACGUACUGAAGUGGAAAAUUUACGUACUGAAGUGAAUAAUUUACAAAGUGUAAAUCAUGAACAAACGACUUAUAUUCAAACUAAAGAUAGAAAUUUGCGGAAACUUGUCGAUGAAAAUUUUAAUCUCGAAAGCGAUAAUGUUAAUCUUAAAAAAAAAAAUGAAAUGCUGGAUCAAAGAUUGGAAAGAGCAAGUAUUUUUUCUUGCGCAAGAUCAAAAUAUGGAAAUUGA